AUGGGGGGCUUGGAUGGUGAGCAAAAACAAUUGAUGAAGAAGUUGGUCAACUUUCACAUGAAAGAAGGUAAAAGAAUGAGAGUUCGUGCUAUUGUUUAUCAAACUUUUCAUCACCCAGCUCAAACUGAACGCGAUGUAAUAAAACUUAUGGUUGACACUGUAGAGAAUAUAAAGCCCAUAUGCGAACUGGAAAAAUUAGGAGUCGCUGGUACUAUUUAUGAUGUCCCUAGGAUUGUAGCCAGGGAUCAUCAACAAACCUUAGCUAUUCAUUGGAUCCUUGAAGCAGCUUUCAAACGAUGUAUAAGCUACAGGAUACACUUAGAGAAAUGUUCAUUUGCUGAGAUACUGGAUGCUUAUCGAAAGAGGGCAAUUGCACGUAAGAAAAGGGAGAAUCUUCAUAGACUGGCUUCCACCAAUCAAAGGUUCGCGCAUUUUAGAUGGUGGUAAAGUGAAACCACAUAAAGAGCUCUUCC